CAAUAAUGGAACAAACUGGACAUACAGUCGACCUUGCAGAGAUAGAUCCAAGCGAACUCAGUGCUGAAGAAAUUGAGAAAGAAGGCUGGCUGUAUAAAGAAUCAAGAUUCUGGAAAGUCUGGAGGAAAAGAUGGUGAGUACUCACUAAGAAAAAUAUCACAUUUGGAGGAAAAACUAUGCCGACUUCUCACUCUUGGCUAUUUACAUUUGAUUCAGAAUCCUGGCAAACAGAUGGAAAACCACCUACAGAAAAGAUAUGAAUGGGGCUUUGAAGAACAGUCAAGAGCAUUGAGGAUGAGGUUAAUAAAGAGAAUGCCUUCAAGAUUGAUAUUGAUGGGACUCCCUUCAGAUUCCAAGCAGAAUCAUAUGCUGAUAAGGAGCAAUGGAUUGGAGGACUAGGACGAGCAAUGAUUAAGAAGACUGUAAUGCUAGACAACCAAAUGGACAACCUUCCUGACUUUUUAUAGGCAGCACUCUUUUUAAUUCUACAAUAGUACAAUUAAUAUUCCUAUCAACUCAAAAUAUAAGUUUC